GUUUUAUCCUUCCAAGGGAGUCGCUGGAAUCGCAGUCAAAACAAAGGCUAGCAGUAUUAAAUGGUCUGCGCUUGGGUCUGCGUACUUAUACAAAACUUAUACUCUUAUCUCCAUCUCACGUCCAUAUUCACCACAACAUGCGCACAUUAACACUCCUCCUCUCUUUCGGCCUACUCACCUCCGCCAUCGCUGCGCCUGCGGCACAUCCUAGAAUCCCCGCCUUCUUUUUGAAAGAUCCUCUCUCCAUCCACCGCAAAAGUUCCAUUCCGCCCCCUGCUGCCGGCGAUGAUGAGCUAAUCAAAACCGCCAUCAAGUCACUCCCAUACGAUCUCGAAACAGAAUUUACCGAUGAUUCGGGUCUUGUCCGCUUCGCUUCUCCAUCUUCCACCUCAGCUUCGUCGAGCUCAAAGAGUCCUGUAGUACAGAUAGAGAUGGACGCGUACGAGGCGGAAGAUGCAGAGACGGAAGACACAUGUGCGAAUGUAUGCGGAGUCACGAGGGUGGAGGGCGCGAAGAGUGAGCAGGAGGCACUUUGUAGUCCUGCAGGGCUGAAAGCUACAUACGCUUGCGCUCUAUGUAUGGACAAGGUAUGGAGUGAUAAGACGUGGGAGAACUCGGCACUCGCAGAGUAUGAGCGUAUAGCUUCUGCCUGUGAAGGGGGUGAUAGCUCUCAGAGACCAAUCCGACGCAGAAGUAGUCCUGGCUCUGCUUAGGCCUUUCGCUCCUUCACAUUUCCCCUAACGGUUCCUUCACGACGUUUCCCUUCCCCAGAUAGACCAAAUACAUUCAUUAGAGGAACACUGUCCUUGUAUCAAUAACUUUUUUUUCGGUAAUUCCCGCCCCUCUACUGUCCUUAUACUUAGAUCUCCCUUUCGCUUAUUUGUUCAUUCAAAAGCUAGGUCAAAGCUUCCGUUUGUCUUGUAUUAAUAUAUAGCCCCUUUUCCCCUUGUCGUGACUUCUUUCGCUUCCUUUUUUGGUAUCUAUCCAUAGUCUCAUUCAUUAUGUUUCACCCUCUUUCAUUCCCCGUCACAUGGUAUAUCCUGUCAUCAAGCUCUUAUAAUCGCUUUUAGUAGAGGAUAGGCACCCUUUUCUGAAUUUUGUCAGAUCCUUGCGAUGGAAUCGUACAAUAUGAACAAUACGGUAUGAGAAUGAAGGUGGGCAAGACAAGUAAGAAAUAAGAAAA